AUGUCUUUAACUAACGAAAGCUAUGUUAUUGCUCAGAGGUUGUUAGAAGAAUCAAAUUAUGUUGUUGAAGCCGCUUUAGAUUCAUACUUCAACAGCGAUCCUUUGGAAACGGUCGUACCAACUACAGUUUCACCAGCGGAGAGUUCUGAAGGUCCAGUAGAUUUAGAUGGCUUGGAGAUCACUGUUAUGAGUUGGAACAUAGAUGGGUUAGAUGCCAGAAGUAUUAGAACAAGGAUGAUGGCUGUAUAUAAAAUAGUCAAGAUGCAUAAUCCCGAUUUCUUGUUUUUGCAAGAAGUUGUUGAACGAGAAAUUGAGCAUAUUCAGAAGUUAGAGAAAUUCUAUAAAAUAUAUUAUGCGAAUAGAGGGGCUUUAUAUUUCACUGCCAUAUUGGUUAGUAGAGCAUUUGAAGUGGAAAAUCAUGAAGUGAUUCACUAUCGGAAUUCUGGAAUGAUGAGAACUUUGCAAAUCGUCAAGGGUUUCAUUGGAGAGCAGGUAGUUUUCCUCUUGAAUACUCAUUUGGAGAGUAUGGCAGAACACUCGGAUAAAAGGAAGGAGCAGUUUGCACAAUGCAUGGAGAAAGUCAAGGAUAUCAUUAAAGCGAAUCCGAAUAGUUUGCUGUUUUUCGGAGGCGAUUUGAAUAUCCGUGAUCAUGAAAUCUCGAAUGUCCCUAGAGGGCUAGCAGAUGCUUGGGUUGCUGCUGGUGCUGAUAGGAAAACCGAGUUCACUUGGGAUACUAGGUUGAACGAUAAUAAAUCUGCCCAUGGCGCUAGGAAAAGGUUCGAUCGCAUAUUCUGGUAUGGACCUCUGAAGAAAGUUCAGUUUUCCUUGCAAGGUCAGAGUAGAAUUCGGUCUUGUCUUUGCUUCCCCAGUGAUCACUGGGCUGUACUUUGCAAUUUUUCUUGA